AAAUUAUCACUGGGAAAAGUCUCUGCAUCCUGAGCAAAGAGAACCAGGAGCAGGAAACAUGAAGCUCAUUCCAGUUUUACUAAUCCUGGCCCCCCUGGCUCUCCCAGCUGGAGCUGACAAGGAUUUUUUCUCUGUUGGUUCUGCCGGAUCUCCUGAAACAAAAUCAAGAUUUGCCAUGUUGGAUGAUGUCCGAAUUUUGGCCAAUGGACUUCUCCAGCUGGGGCACGGCCUCAAAGACUUUGUCCACAAGACUAAGGGGCAGAUGAAUGACAUCUUUCAGAAACUCUACAUUUUUGACAGGUCCUUUUACGAGCUCUCCCUGCAAACCACUGAAAUCAAGGAGGAAGAAGAACAGCUCCGGCAAACCACGGCCAGGCUGCAAAUCAACAACGAGGAGAUAAAGAAUCUCUCACAGGAGAUGAACCUGAAGAUUGAAGGCCUCAUACAAAACAAAAUCCAGCUGCAGGAGAAAGUGUGGGGACUGGAGGACAAGGUCACCAAACUGGCCAUUAUCCAGCCUUCGACGACGACACAAGAGACAAAAGAAAUUUCUUCACUCAAAGCUUUCGUGGAGCAGCAGGACAAUGACAUCAAGCAGCUCCUCAAAAUCGUGGAGGACCAGCACCUGCAGCUGGACAGGCAGCACAACCAGAUCAUGGAGCUGGAGGACAAGCUAAACCACAUAGAGCUCCAGGAACUCCUGGAGAAUUCCUUCACGGAGGAGUACCAGGAACCAGAGACCAUCCCCUCUGCUGUGCACAGGCCCACUGCUGGGACAUACAGAGCUGAUGGUGCUGCUGCUGACUGCACUGCUCUCUACCACACCGGGGUGCAGGCCAGUGGGGUCUACACUAUUAAGCCCAAUGGCUCAGAAGCUUUCAAUGUCUACUGUGAAAUGAAAUUUGGCACAUCCUGGACUGUAAUCCAGAAGAGAGUGGAUGGAUCGCUGGAUUUCAACCAAACUUGGGAUGCCUACACAAAUGGUUUUGGUGACCUCAAUGAGGAAUUCUGGCUGGGCCUGAAGAAGAUCUACUCCAUCGCCAACCAAGGGAAUUACAUCCUGCGGAUUGAGCUGCAGGACUGGAGGGGGAACAGGCGGCACAUCGAGUACACCUUCAGCCUGGGGGGCCCCAGCACCAAAUACAGCCUGCAGCUCUCCAGGAUGUCCGGGAGCAUUCCCAACGCGCUCCCGGAGCACACGGAGCUGCGCUUCUCCACCGCAGACCGCGCCGAGGACACGGCCAGCGACUUCAACUGCCCGGAGAACCACCUAGGAGGCUGGUGGCACAGCGAGUGUGAGGAAACCAACCUGAACGGCAAAUACGUCACACCAAGGUCCAGGGGAAGGCUGGACAGAGGAAAAGGCUUAUACUGGAAGCCUAAGAAAGGAAGAUACUACCUGCUCAAGUCCACCAAAAUAAUGAUCCAGCCAACAGAUCUAAAAAGCUUUGACUGAGUGCUGCACUUUAACUCAGAACAAACACUGAACUUUACCACACCAAAGGCCUUGAUGCUGUGUUUGCCAACAGAUGCAUGUCCCAAUCCAUGCCCUGCAUGGAAUUUCUCCAAAACAUAAACCUGAGGCAUCUGAGAUGGUCUUACAAAAUGUUUGGUGAGUAUUGCCAUUCCCUCAAGCCUCAAUGUCAACGUGCUGCAACUUUUCAUGGAGCUUUUCCCUCCCCAGGAUGAAAUUCUAAUGCCUAGGAGCCAAUCUGUCAUAUAUUGGUAAUACUGUUUGGGGGAAUGGGUUUUCAGGCUGUGCAUUCCUCUCUGGGUUGUGUAGUAGGGAAAACAAAAAGUGUUUUCUGGGAACAAAGGGCUGGCAAAACGCUACGGAAAACAUUUAGGGAAAGAGAAAAAUGUUGUUUCUUGAAGUAACUAAGUGGAUGUUUGGUUCAUGUUUUUGUUGUGGAAUGUUUCUAGGAGCAAAUGAAAGGUGGGUAAUUCCUCGUUUUAGGGCUCUGGGUAUUUCCAGACAAUUUUCCAGGAGUGCAGCUGAGGCCAAUCCAUCCCCUUUGGAGCACUGUCCUCACACUGCUGCAGGUGUGAGCACACACAGGGAGUCAGAGCAGUCCUGGUCCCCUGGAUCCCACACUCUGCAGAGUAAGUGCACAACUCUGGCUGCUCACUGAAAGUUAAGAGCCAAACUUCAAACUCACUGAAAUGAGGAAGAGAUCUGCUCUCCUCACCUGAAAUGAAUCAGAGCCAAGCCUUUGUGACCUUUCAGUCCAACCAACUAAGGAAUUAAAGAAACAAUUAAGUGAGCACACAACAGAACACCUUCCACUUAGGGAACAGCUGCUCCAAUGAGGUCAAGGGUGCCAACCCACAAACCCAGUAGGCACAACCCAUGGGACAGUGUUGGUCCAGCUCCUGGGGUCACCCACGUGUUGAACUUCAGCUGCAGAACACUGAGUGACAGCCUUGGGCUGGCCCUGGAAGGGCUGACGGACAAAGCCCCCAACCCUGCAGUUCCACUGAGUCAUAUUGACUUGUUUAUUUUACCCAACCCUUUUUUAUCUGUGGAUUUUUUAUCUCAACACUUGCAGUCGCACAGGAAAUGGUUUUGGUUGUAAUUUGUCAGAGUGAAACCCAGUGAAGAGAAUGUGUUAAUUACAGAAACACUGAAAAAAAAUCCUUUUAUUUCUCAUGGGUUUAUAGCAGAGAUGAGAUCAUGCAGUGUUGUUUAUUUGUACUGGUUUACUGUAAUGUUAAAUUACCUGUCCAAUAAACAAAUAGACAAAUAAAUAAAUGGCUAAAACUUUCCAAAAUACAGGAUACGAAAUUUGACUAAA